AACACCAAUCAUUAAUUAGAUAAUAAGAAUGGCCGGGAACCAUUCAACGGAACGGUGUCAGGAACAACUUAAGUCCAAGAGAGUUGCCCGUCCACCCACACGCAGUUCCUUCUUCAUUUCGACCCUUCAGAGAUAAAAUCAAACUUCGAUGGAUGGGACACGGUUCUGCGCAUAAAUCGGCUAGCGGCGGUGCUAUCAUCGACGGAGGCGAAAAUGGCGGAUCCCUCUCUUUCUGCGGAGGAAGUGACAGUUAUGGAGGCGGAGUCGCUAUUGAAGGUGGCUGAGUGCCGCAUUUGCCAGGAGGAGGAUUCCAUUGACACUCUGGAAGCACCUUGUGGCUGUAUCGGCAGCCUUAAGUUUGCUCACAGGAAGUGUGUGCAACAAUGGUGUAAUGAGAAGGGAGGUACAACUUGUGAAAUUUGUCAUAAGCCUUAUGAACCUGAUUAUACUGCUCCUGGGCCACUACCAGAAGAGACAACUAUUGAUAUAAGUGAAUGGAACCCCGCAAUGGAUUUUCAUGAUGCUAGGAUUUUUGCUAUGGCAGAGGCUGAGCGACACUUUUUGGAGGCAGAGUAUAAUGAUUAUUCAGUUACAAGUGCUACUACUGGAGCUGCAUUUUUACGCUCAGUUGCUUUAAUUCUAAUGGCAAUUCUUCUCAUGAGGCAUGCAUUGGCAUUGACAGAUCCUGCUAUAGAUGAUGAUAUUGAUGAUACUGAUCAUGAUUCAUCUACAUUCUUUUCUGUAAGGGUUACCUUUUAUUCUAUUUUAUUUGAUUCUGAUUGCACAAGGUAGAGAUUGGCUCAAAACGAGGUGUUGCUUCAUUAUAUUUUAAAAU